UGGGCCUCACUUAAACAGUAGCGGAGGGGGCGGCGCGCGGUCGGCACGGCGCUGCUGCUCAGUGGGAGCGGGUCUUCGCGCAACUGUCUCCGCGUGGCGCGCGCCUCGAGCCGCCCUUCCCCUGGCGGCUGCGGCCGGAGGGAGCGGAGGCGAGCGGGGGUCGGGCUCCAUGGAGAGCGGCGGACACCCGGGCAGAGGCGGAGCCUUCAUCUCGGCACCCGGGCUCCAGUGACCCGCGCUAGCGUCCCGUCCCGCCCGCGUCAGAGCGGCCGCCGGCCCCGGGACUGACCGGCCUCGCCGCACCUCCCGCACUCACCAGCGCUCCCGGCGCCCCUGCGCCCGACUCGCCCUCGCCCCCACUCCCCGGCGGGGUGGCGGCGGCCGGGCCCCCGCAGCGGCGGCCGGAGCAGCAGCAGCAGCAGAAGCCUGCCUCUAUGAUGAAGUUCAAGCCCAACCAGACGCGGACCUACGACCGCGAGGGCUUCAAGAAGCGGGCGGCGUGCCUGUGCUUCCGGAGCGAGCAGGAGGACGAGGUGCUGCUGGUGAGUAGCAGCCGGUACCCAGACCAGUGGAUUGUCCCAGGAGGAGGAAUGGAACCUGAGGAGGAACCUGGCGGUGCUGCUGUGAGGGAAGUUUAUGAGGAGGCUGGAGUCAAAGGAAAACUAGGCAGACUUCUGGGCAUAUUUGAGCAGAACCAAGACCGAAAGCACAGAACAUAUGUUUAUGUUCUAACAGUCACUGAAAUAUUAGAAGAUUGGGAAGAUUCUGUUAAUAUUGGAAGGAAGAGAGAGUGGUUCAAAGUAGAAGAUGCUAUCAAAGUUCUCCAGUGUCAUAAACCUGUACAUGCAGAGUAUCUGGAAAAGCUAAAGCUGGGUUGUUCCCCAGCCAAUGGAAAUUCUACGGUCCCUUCCCUUCCAGAUAAUAAUGCCUUGUUUGUAACUGCUGCACAGACCUCUGGGUUGCCAUCUAGUAUAAGAUAGAGAGAACUGGGUAGGCCUCUCCCACCAUGUGCAGUCUCAUGGGGGAGAGGCUUCUUUGUUUUCCUCAUCAAACAUCUGAAUGACGCUUGCAAACUGUCUGAAUUUGCCAUGCAAGGUUUUCAAACAAUUUGCAUGUUUUUCAGAUGCUUUCAAAUCUUUUUUUAAAAAAAAAAAUAGUGUAAAAUAUUUUAAUAAGCCAAAGCCAUGUGGAAUUUUUGUUUAGAUGCCUUAACUGUGCCACACCCCGCAAACCCCUAUAUUAUUUUGGUUGUCUGUUUCUCACAGCAUAUUUUCAAUUUUUUGUCCAUUUGACAUCAGUCUGUGAUUUAUUUUGUCAUCAGAUUACUUGUGAGUAUACCUCCCCCAAAAUUGUUUUCUCAUUCACAGCAUUAGCAUAUUCAGCAAAUCCAUCUGUGGUGGGAACGAAAAAUAUUAUUGGUAUUAAAGAAAUCCAUGCACCCCAAAACUUGUUUUACAGGAUUACAAUUUUAAUUCAGAAUUUCCAGAUUUGGGCUAUCUCUGUAUGAGCCACUAACUUAUUUUGUCACGGGGCUUAAUUUGCCAUUUUUGGGGAUUUGUCGACUCAUUUGUCUGAAUUUUCACAACUGGUAUUAUGUCACUAGCUACCUGAUAUGCCUAUUUCCCUUAUAACUCAAUAGAACCUUAACACAAAGUAUAACUCUAUAGAGUUGGUGAAUAUUUUAGGGAAAUAUUAGCAAAAUGCAUGUAGUAAAGACAUGAAAACUGUAUUCAUGGAAUUUGGUUUAGCAUGCUCAGGUUGCCAGUUCCCAUUAUCGAUACACUUUCUACGCAUAAUACCUUAGAACCGUGUUUCCCUCAGUGUACAUUGCUCUUAAAAUGUAUUCAGUUAUUUAAUCUAGUGGCCCCCCGCAGGAGUGGAGUCUUGAAAUCUAACUCUAAAUGCCAGUCAGUGAUGAUUGCAUCACAGUUGAGUGAAAUGGCCUUCCUGUUCAGCUGUUAGAGGCUGAAGAUGUUAGGGCACCUUAGAAUGUCUCAUCUUUUCUAGGUUGUCAACAGGUACUAUUUUUCACAUAACUAACUUUCGAGGCACUGGAACAUACCUGAACUAAGAAUUAAAUCUUUUACUUUAUACUCAUUUAAAAUCCAGAAUCCCAUCUAAAACACAUAGUAGAUACCUUAUCUGAAACUCUUGCACUUCCCCAACCAGGGCAGAAAUGAGGUGGGAGAAGUUUGACUAAAAUGAGGGAUGGGGGAAAGUAAAAGAUUUUAUUUUUUAUUUUUUUUUAUUUUUGAGACUCCCUUUGUCGCCCAGGCUGGAGUGCAAUGGCACGAUCUCGACUCACUGCAACCUGUGCCUCCCAGGUUCAAGCGAUUCUCCUGCCUCAGCCUCUCGAGUAGCUGGAAUUACAGGCACCUCCCACCAGGCCCAGCUAAUUUUGUAUUUUUAGUAGAGAUGGGGUUUCUUCAUGUUGGUCAGGCUGGUCUCAAACUCCUAACCUCGUGAUCCACCCACCUUGACCUCCCAAAGUGCUGGGAUUGCAGGCAUGAGCCGCCGCGCCCAGCCAAAGAUCUUUUUUUUUAUAUAGACUUCAGCCCUUUGUAAAUAUUGUAACUGGGGAGUAUAGAAUAGAAGAAAGUAUAGUUAAAACAUUUGUUCUACAAAUUAACCUUUAAAAAUAAAAUUACUGCUAAAAAUAGAGUGCUGUUACACUUAAGGAAAAUUAGUGCCAUUUUGAAAAUGAGAUCUCGUGCCAUAAAUACAGCUGAACUAAAUAUAAACGUUCACAAAUUAAUGCUGUCAAAGGAAUGAGUAAAGCAGAAAAACUUUUAACCAGCAGCAUUUCAUUCUAAAGUAUGUAGUGUGAUCAAACAUGAUCAUCCAGAAUUUUUAUAUUUUUUCCUUGUACAGAGGUUACAUCUUCUGGGUGUUCUUUUAUAAAGGAAACAUUUUAAAUCCCACAAAUUGACGCUUUCUAUCUUCAAAGAUUUUUUUGGUCAGUAAUCUCUGAAAUUUCCUUAAAUUAUAUACUUACUAUAGCAGAGAAACUGGAUUGUUUUUGUAUAUAAGACUGCUUCCACCUGAAAUGCUGUCAUAAGUACUGGGGGGUGGGGGAGUGCCUAUCUUGUACAUGAUAUUCUUAGAGGUAAUAAGGUAAUAAUGCAUGAACUUGUUUUAUAAACUCUUGGACUAUGUAUUUGACAUGUAAAAUAUGUACAGUAUUAAUGUCAACCAUCUCUUUAAAGUUAGCCUAUAAAUAUUGUUGUAUAAUUUUCUUUGGUCAGAAACAUUUGGACUGAAUAGUGACACUCGCUAAGGAUUUUCAGUGCCAUUUAGCAAACCAACUGUCUUUAGUCUAUGCAACUAGCAAAAAUCUGCAUAAUGCAACAGUACAGUUUUCACACUUCAAAUUUUACAUGACGGGUUCUUCACGAUUCUCCUGGAACCCAGUCUAGCAAAAUUAGAGGAAAGGCCCUAGGGAGAUUUAUUUCUGUUAAAUAGUUAACUCUACUGAGUAUAACAAAUAGCGUCUACUAUCUCAACCCUCCAACAUUUGCAGUGUUGGGACUGUCAUAUGUGAUUUCUUUUUGGUGGGGUAGUUGAAUAAAAUUGGGCAGUUAAAUUUCAGUUCCAUGUGCCUCCCAAAUAAAAAACAGAAAAUAAGUAGUUUUUUGUGAAUUGACUUGCAGACAAAGUAGGAACUGUCCUGCAUGAUGUUGUUGUUUUGUAAAUGGAUGACAUUUUCCAACCAAGCACAUGCCAUCCAAUUUUCUGUCAAUCAUGCUGUUGUAUAAAGCAGCAGAACUGAAGGGGAAAAAUGAUUGUUGUACACACUGAAUUGCUUUGCAUGGUCUCAUUUGAGAUAAUUGGUGUAAGAAUCUUGACUUUUUUAUAUUUGGAAACAUCAAAUAAAAAUGGAAAAAAUGAUCAUGGCUUUUUGGAAAAAAAACACACACACACACAUGAACUCAGAUUUGCAAACCAGCUUUCUGAAACUUUGGGUAAGGUGCAUGCUUUUAACUUUGAAAUGUAUAAACACCCAGUGGAAACGUAUACCUUUCAGGGCAUAGUGCAUUAUGUGCUCACCAUGGGUUGUUUAAACUGUGGUCAAAUAUUCCCCUUCCAAGUGGAAGCCUGUCGGGAAUUCCACAGUAACACCUUUACUGUUCUCCCAUUGAUGAUCAUAUACAUUAUCUCUUCCUAGUGGUACAUUUGUAUGAUCCUUACCAGUGGAAUUACUGGGUUAAAAGGAACUGCUUACCACUAAGAUAUCAGUAUUCUCCUGAUGGAUAUUUUCCAUCUUAAUGUUGCCAGUCUAAUAGUAUAGUAUGUGGUUGCUUUACUGCUGUUCUCCCCACCCCCAUGGAGUUGUGUCAUUAUUUUAAUGAAUAUGAGCUCUUGACUUACCCUAGAAUUCUAAUACAUUACAGAUACUUUCUGCACUA